CAACAGAACUGUAGAUUACAGUGUACGUUACUCCAGACCUCGGAGGCUCGAGAACCUUACUGUUUCUUAUGUUAUCCCCCUCCUCCUACCUACUUACUCACCUACUCACUCACUCCUUCUCCGUCGUCCCCCAUUAUUCCUCUAUCCCGUCAUCAUCGUCAUCAGCCUCAAACCUCCCUCCGUCUUCGUGCUUCAUCCCUGAGCUGCAAGGCUCACCUCCUCCUUCCAUCCCUCACUGUCUCCCCUCUUUCUCUUUCUACUUUUCUUUUUCUCUUGCCCUCCUUUCUCUUCUUUGUUUCGCCGCUUGUACAUACAUACGAUCGCACUUUACUCCGAUCCGAUUGUCGUGGGGUCUCCCCCCCUCUCUAAAGUCGUACGGCGUUAAAACCAAAUACAAAAAACCCGCGCCAUACACCUCCCCUUUCUGGCUUUUGGAAGGGUUGGCAGACACCUGCUGGCAGGCUGAUUUUCACUUCAAUACUUUUCAUAUUUGGGAACGCUUUUGGGGGAAAUUUCACUAUCUUCGUGAAGUCGCGAACCGCGAUUAGCACUUGAUUCCCAUUGCUGCAUUCUGUGACGCGGAAGAAGCCUAACGAUUAGCUGCGACCUGAGCAUUGCGUCCUUCCUGCGAAGACACACUCUCUUCACCCAACUCAGCCGCCUUGUUCUGGAAUACCUCUCAGAUCCUCUUGUAGUCAGCAUCGGAUGUCAUCGGCUUAUUGAGACAAACUGUCAAAUGGUACGUAUCUCCUGGGCACUACCCUCGUGUCGCCCACAAAUUGGUAC